AUGACCGACUAUGAAGCCGCAACCGCCUUCCUCGGGGAAUGGGGACGUUUCCAGCAGCAGGUGUUUUUCCUCCUCUGUCUGAGCAUCAUCCCUAACGGUUUCACCGGCCUGUCUAUCGUGUUCCUCGCCGACACGCCGCACCACCGCUGCCUCAUUCCCGCGUACGCCAACCUCACCGCCGCAUGGAAGAACAGCAGCAUCCCGCUGGAGGAGGAGAGCCACGGCGGCGCUUUGGUGCCGAGCAAGUGCACCAGGUACAAAACUGAAGACAUCCUGAGUUUCUCGGAGCGAGGCUUGCUGCCCGGCGUUGAUGUCAACCUGUCUAAUGUGGCAACAGAAGGCUGCUUGGACGGGUGGGAGUAUGACCAGAGCGUGUACAUUUCUACAAUCACGUCCGAGUGGGACCUGGUGUGUGAUGACAGUUGGAAGAACCCGCUGACUUCUUCUCUCUUCUUCUGUGGAGUUCUCACUGGCUCCUUCAUUUCGGGACAGCUCUCUGACAGGUAUGGGAGAAGAAUAGUGUUGUUUGUUACCAUGGCGGUACAGACAGUGUUCACACUCAUCCAGGUCUUCUCUCCGUCCUGGCCCGUGUUCUGCGCUGUGUUCUUUGUUGUAGGGAUGGGACAAAUCUCCAAUUAUGUGGCUGCGUUUGUGCUAGGAACAGAGAUAUUAGGCCAACGAGUACGGACAAUUUUCUCUACCGCCGGCGUGAGUCUUUUCUUUGGUGGGGGCUACAUGCUUCUGCCGUUGUUAGCUUUCUUCAUCAGAGACUGGAGGAUGCUUCUCCUAGGACUCACCCUGCCCGGCUUCCUCUAUGUGCCUCUCUGGUGGUACAUCCCAGAGUCUCCUCGGUGGCUGCUCUCUCAGGGAAGAGUGGAAGAGGCUGAGGCCAUAGUGAGAGAUGCUGCUAAGAGGAAUAAUGUUGAGGCUCCACAGACCAUUUUUACACAAGCUGAGUUAAAAGAACUUCAAUCUGAGAGCAGGAAGCCCCACAACAUCUGUGACCUGCUUCGUUCUCGAAACAUCCGCUGGAUCUCUGUCACGCUGUGGCUGGUCUGGAACACCGUGACCAUUGCCUACUUUGCCCUGUCCCUGAACACGGCGAACCUUCAUGGUAACGCGUACUUCAACUGUUUCCUAUCAGCUGUGGUAGAGAUGCCAGCCUACACUUUGUCAUGGGUUAUGUUUCGCUGGUUUUCCAGACGACUGAGUCUUUUUGCAACCCUCUUCAUGGGAGGAUUGUUUCUACUCUUCAUACAGCUCAUACCAUCAAACCAGAUUUCUCUAGCCAUAACACUUGAGAUGAUGGGGAAGUUUGCAGUGACGACAGCAUUUGCUAUCUUGUACGCGUACACAGCAGAACUCUACCCAACUGUACUGAGGAAUACAGCUGUGGGCACUUGCUCCAUGGCCUCCAGAAUAGGCAGCAUCAUUGCCCCAUACUUCAUUUACUUAAGAAACUAUUCCAUUUCACUGCCUUACAUCCUCAUGGGAACCCUUACAGCUCUGACGGGGUUGCUGAGUCUCCUGCUGCCUGAGAGCUAUGGAAUGCCUCUGCCCGACACCAUCACUCACAUGCAACACUUCCCCGGAUGUUGUCAAAAGACACCGUAUACACUCACACACACUGAAGACGGGGACAACACUGCUGAAAGGAAGUCUCGUGUUGCCCUUUGAACAAGGAGCAGCAAUGACAUCUGGCCUGAGGCGAAUAACUGGACAAACAUCAUGUCUCCGUCCAUGUGGUCAGUGGAUUUGUGAAAUUAUGUGACUUCAACAGGACCAAGAAACAUGGCAGUUAUUCAAACAAUAUAAUGGUGCUUUAAAAUAUCUCCACAAAACUGGAGUAAUGUUUUCUCUGCAACAGUCUCAAGAUACUGUGAAAUGAAAAGUGCAGUCUUUGAUGCAUUAUAGAUGCUCAGCACCAAUGCAACUGUUACCGUACUCACAUAGUAAUGCUGCUCACUGUAAUGACGAAUGAAAAUAGAGUCAUUCAAAAAAAAAAAAACAGUACAUAUAUACAUAAAACAAAGUUUUAAUCAGAACCAGUAGCCUGUUUACAGUUUGAUCAUACAACUGCACCUUUAGCUUCACAUUUCACACUUCUAGUGAAUAUUUCAUAUACAUCUUUGUGAUUCAAGAUAACAUGCUCAGAGUUCAAGCACAAUUUAAUUUACUCCAAAAUUGUCAUAUGUUCAAUUACAUGUAUAACUCAAGCUUUAAAUUCUAAUUUCAAUUCUUACUAAAAGGUGAUUAAAUCCACUUGUAGUGACUGAAAUUUACUGAUAAACAUUUUGAUUAAGAAUUUAGGUAAGUAAACAGUAGGAGUGAUACUCAGUAACAAUAUUUAUUAUAACUCAUUCAUGUAAGUUGUAAGAGUUGACUUUCAAGGAGCACCACAGGUUUUGAAUGUUCUUUUCUGGUGAUGAAUGGGCACUUUAUGCUGUUGGGAUAAAAGACAAACAAACAAACCUCAUUUGGUUUAGUGUUCAGCUAAGAGGAAAAGUGAAAAAGCUGCAAUGUUUGAAUACUUUUUCACUGCUACCAACUUCAUUAUCAUCAUCAAGAACAGGUGUGUUUACUGCAAAGAAUGAUUGACAUUGUUGAGUCAUGAUGAUUGGUUUUGGUGAGUAUAUUAAAAAAAAAAAA